GGCUUGCCGUCCCGGGUGUGGUUACCGUGGUGACGGCGCGGCCUAGGCUCUGGGCGCCGGUCUUCUCCUGCAACUUGACGGGCCGGAGUAGCGGCAGGUGGGGAGUGAAUCUCUGCGGCUCCUUCCCUCCCUUGUGCCGGGGGCGGGUAUGUGGCUGGGCUCGGGCCCGAAGCAGCGCAAAUGGGGAACCUCUUCGGCCGGAAGAAGCGGUCCCGAGUGACCGAGCAGGACCGCGCCGUCCUGCAACUAAAGCAGCAACGUGACCAGUUGAAACAGUACCAGAAGAAGAUUGCUAUUCAACUUGAGAAGGAGCGGGAAAUAGCCCGACAGCUGCUGCGUGGUGGUAAGAAAGAUAAAGCCAAACUUCUGCUCAAGAAGAAACGAUAUCAGGAGCAACUUCUUGAUAAAACUGAAGUUCAGAUUGGCAACCUUGAGAAAAUGGUUCAAGACAUUGAAUUUACUCAAAUAGAAAUGAAAGUUUUGGAAGGACUUAAGAUUGGAAACAGCUGUCUUCAGAAAAUGCACGAGAUUAUGUCUAUUGAAGAAGUAGAAAGAAUAAUGGAUGAGACUCAAGAAGCUGUUGAAUACCAGAGGCAAAUUGAUGACAUUCUGGCUGGAGGAAUAUCUCAAGAAGAUGAGGAUGCCAUUCUGGCUGAACUAGAUGCUAUAACUCAGGAAGACGUUGAACUACCAGAAGUUCCUGCAGAGCCACUGCCAAAUAUAUCUGCAAAAGAAAAAGGAAAAGAGCCAGUUAAAAACACACCAAAACAAGAGAUGGUGGCAGCGUCGUAACUGAAAUUUGGAUUUUCGGUGACACUAACAUAAAUGAUUUAUCUUCUGUAUGUUUUCAAGAGUUGAUCAUGAUUCACCACCCUUUUUGAGGGUUGAGAAAUUCAAACAUGUACUUCAGGAGGAUCUUUACUCUUUCUGGGCAUUGUUUCCUUUGUAAAAAUGAAAUUUCAGUCUUGACUUUUUUAAAAUGUAUUUUUCACUUUUUAAAAAGUCAAAAAAUGUGCAAGUGCUAUAGAAUUCUAAAGCUGAUAUUCCUUUGAAACUCAUUCACAAUCAAGCUAAUUUACAAAAUUUCAGUUGCUAUUUAGUUCGAAAUUUAAAAUGGUUUCCAGAUAAACUUGUACUGACCUAGUAAUACUGUCAUGUAUUAAUGUGGUAAGUUACGUUUCUAUCUGUAAACCAUUAACUUUUUAUCUUUGAAUCUUUUGUUAAGAAGCUACGCAGGAUUAAAGGAAAUGCAAUUCAUAAUGGAAUGAAGUGUCCAGAAUGCAAAACAAUUCCGAGAGAAGUAACAAAUUUGGCACUGGUGGGAUAAUUAUUGUAAAUGUAUUCUGUUCUUUUAAUAAAUUCUCUGACAUGAAACAUUAAAAAUGAAUUGUAUUUAAAAAGGAGUAUGCUGAAGAAUUUUAAUUUAUCGGGAAAAGAGCAGUACUCUGAAAUGUUAUUAUAUCUGUAAUCUCUGUGGAAGAGCUCAAAGAACUUUUCAUAAGGCUGCAUUGGAAUUCUCUGUGCAAUGCUCUGACUGGGCAUCAUUGCUAAACUUAUAAAUGGAUAGAAUUGAAAUAUCAGUGUCAAAAAUGGGACUUCGGAAGUUUAUCACAUUUUCACUAUAGUUAUCAAAUUUAUUUAAAAUAAGUUUGGAACUACAGUGUAAUUCCAUUGAGUACUUGUAAAACUCUUGCUUUGUGAUUGUGAAUUUGAAAUGGAAGCCUUGGACUUUGUAUUUAAAGACUGAAGAUGAUUUUCGAGCUGCUAAUCAAACUUACAUUGUUCUGUUUUUAAUCAUGUUAUAAUUGUAUUCCAUUGCAGCUUGGUUCCUUAGCCACUAAACAGAAUAUUUUUGCACCACAAGGUUAAUAUGUUAUGUUUCUUGAUUUGCACUUGCAUUGCUUUUCAUUCGGUCAUAUUAUUCUAGGAACAAUUUGUUUGUGAUGAAGAACUGUUCAAAAUGAACUGUUCAGUUAAAAACAAUCUCCAGAAGCAAUGUGAAACUGAGUCAUCUUGAGCGUACACAUGGUUUUCUCCUAAAAUCUCAGUGUGCACAACCAUAGUUUAUCCUGAAUCAAUUAAUAGUUUUACAUACUGCCUGAUGGUGAGAGAUGUAUGAGGGAAUGUGCUGAAUAGAGGUCAAGCAUUUCGUCACGGAAGAGAGCAUGAGGGCAAAAUCAGCACAAUUCCUGUCAAAGAUAACUCAAGACUUGCAUUGAGCAAGGACUUGGAUGUAGUUUGUGUGUCUGGCACAUGCAGGGAGCGGGAAUACGUUUUUCCUAACAACUCAGUGACUCAAGUAUGGUCAUGUAAGAAUAACUUGUAUAUUUAUUUUCAUCGGUUGUAAUAAGUACAUAUUUUUUAAAAGGGGUAUGCUUGCUUUCAUAGCAAAAAUAAAAAUUGAUAUCAACUGUCAAAUCUGAAAUUCCUACCUGUAAGCACAUAACUUUAAUUGACAUUUAUGCACGUAUCAGUAUACUUUUACUUGGAUACAUGUAUGUAAAAGUCUUUUGAGUUCCCCUUAUAUAUUUUACAGAACAAAAUCAAAAUUUCUAUCAAGAAUAAUUCUAUGUCUAUGGAAAUUGCCUUAUAAUCUUGGUAUUUUGGUACCAUGCUUUAAAACCUACACACCCUUUUGAUCUCUGUAAUAAAUUUCUACAAACUGUAUUUGUUAGAACAUAGAAUAAAAAUAACCACACUUUGACUUUCUUUGCAA